CGACAGGAAGCAUCCGCCUAAGCAAUAAACACACAGAAUGAGCAGCCUUACAAUAACUCACGAAGAUCCCUUCGAACAGUACUACUUUAAAGAGGAAGAGCAGCAGAUUUGUGGUCGACCCGUAAGUCCUAUUACCAAGAACUAUGACGAGAACUAUCCGAGUGUUGUGGACCGUUUCUUUACACGCUAUUACUAUCUCAAAACAAGUGGCGGCAAGCAGGCACCCUUUCAAGUUCUGUACCACUCGAAUCGCAUCUGCCUGAUAUGCCUGGCUCCUUCACAUCCGGCCUUUGCUGAAGGCAUUGCCUCCGUUAAUUUUGAUGUGGGAAAUGUGGAUCGCAGCCAGAACGUGGUCAAGGGUAAGGCUAAGAGGGGUGGCAUGGUCUUGCAGGCGGAUUCCACGUUGGCGCUGCUCACAACAGAAAAAGGCAAUGUCUACAAGAUUCCCAGCUGUAUACGAGGCAAGCUGGUGGAGGUACACACGGAACUAAUCGCACAACCCAAACUAUUGGAACAGGCAGAGGAAGGCGCAGGAUAUUUUGCCAUCUUGCUGCCGAAAAUUGAGAACUGUGAUGACAUUAAGGCGAGUCUGAUGACACAUGCAGAUUACGAAAAAUAUGUGCAAGAGACUAGCAAUAUUGCAGUAGACGAGGCAGCGGUUGCUACGUGAAAUUAGCAUUUUUUAUUACAAAACUUUCAAAUAAAUUUAACUGCAAUGUGAGUUAUGAA